AUGACCUCUGUUUGGACCGUGCAGAACAGAAGUCUGAACUAUUUCUUGGAAGGAAACAAUAGCAGCCGUCCAUUCUGUCUCUUUGGAUUCAGCUACUACGAAACUGUUAACAUUUGCCUCCUGGAAGUUAUCAUCAUUGUUUUUCUCACUGUCUUAAUCAUUUCAGGUAACCUUAUAGUUAUUUUUGUGUUUCACUGUGCUCCUCUCCUGAACCAUCACACAACAAGUUAUUUUAUUCAGACCAUGGCAUAUGCUGAUCUCUUUGUUGGAGUGAGCUGCUUGAUUCCUUCUUUGUCGCUUCUUAACUAUCUUACAGGUUUCCAGGAAUCUUUAACAUGCACAAUUUUUGGAUAUAUUGUCUCUGUUCUGAAAAGUGUCUCAAUGACCUCUCUGGCCUGCAUCAGUGUUGAUCGAUACAUAGCAAUUACCAAACCGUUAUCGUACAAUCAGCUGGUUACACCGUGGAGGUUGCGUGCCUGCAUUAUAAUCAUCUGGAUCUAUUCCUGCCUUGUGUUCCUUCCUUGUUUUUUUGGCUGGGGGAAGCCAGGCUAUCAUGGGGACAUUUUUGAGUGGUGUGCGAAUUCCUGGAAUACAACUGCUUCCUUUGCAGGGUUUAUUGUGGUCUUGCUGUACGCCCCGGCUGCCUUUGUAGUCUGCUUCACCUAUUUCAACAUUUUCAGAAUAUGCCAACAACACACUAAAGAAAUCAGUGAUAGACGUGCUCGUUUCAGUUCGCCAGAAGGGGAAUCGACAGAGAAUCCACCUUACUCUGAGAAGCAUUACGCUAUGGUUUUAUUUCGGAUCACCAGUGUAUUUUACAUCUUGUGGCUUCCGUACAUCAUUUAUUUCCUUCUGGAAAGUUCUCGCACAUACAACAGUGCGGUGAUCUCUUUUCUGACGACCUGGCUUGCCAUUAGCAACAGCUUCUGCAACUGUGUCAUUUACAGCCUCUCCAACAGUGUCUUCCGCAAAGGGCUGAGGCGUCUAUCGGGUGCAGUCUGCGCUGUGUGCAUCUGGCAUGUGGAGGGCAAAACUCCUUCAGCCCCUGGAAGUAAAAGAUCUUCUAAUGGCUGCAAUGCUUGA